CCAAAGCUACGCAGUGUAUCAGAACACACAACGAAUUGGUGUUAAGGCUUUGGUAAGCCAAUGACCCAUGAAGUAAUAAAUUUAAUUUUGUGUGAAUCACGCGUGAUGAAAUAAUAAGAAUGAUCAUGAAGAGUAUCAUCAAAAGACAUUUCGAAUAGACGUUGUAUUACUUAUUCAUGGAUCCCGUCACUGUCGUAAGAUACUUAUCAAUUACCGUGUUUUUAUACAUUCCCUCGACCUUUAACAUAGAUAUUUUUGUCAAGCGCGUGAAGACAGGAGACUUAAGUUUCAUAGCUUGAUUGGGCAAGAACUUUAACUCUUCUUAUCUCCCUCGUCUGGAAGAAGCUAUGUAAACGUUUUACUGACAUACACACACUACAUCCCACCCAUGACACAGUAGUCCUUAAAACAAGUGCACAUUUCGCUAUGUAUUUUAACCGACGCCUCUUGGAAUAACGCUUUACUUCAAGAGCUACAUCAGCAUACAUACAUGAGGAAAUAAGCAAGCCACGGAAGCACAAUGGAUACCACUUCAGCUGAGGCACCAACAGUAGAUGUACAUGACGACACCAACUCGCCUGGGGACACGACCGGUACAGGUGAACAGCAUAACAAUUCAGGAAAUGUACGUCUCCCGUCGUACUAUCAAUCAACCCCAUUGGUCAGUGCACCUGUUUCCCAACAGGAUGACAUCACCCAGCCCGGGGAAUCCCCGAUACAGCAGACUGGUGACGACAUCACUGCUGUAGAUAUCAAUGUAGACCAAGAACAAGUGACGGUAUCAAAUGGACUAUCAACUUCACAUCCAGUGGCCCAAGAACAGAACCCAUCAAUGCCAUAUCCACCGCAGACUGACCAACAAACGAAUUUCGCGUACCCUCCUGCAUCUUUACCUUAUCCAAAUCCUGCUACGAACUUGCCUUAUCCACCAUCGGGCGUUACUGAAACCCCAGCGUUGUUCCCUGAGCAGUACCCUCCACCCGUGCCAACCUAUCCUCCCACUAAUGGCACAGAACUGCAGAUGGCUAACAACCCUGGUGGUGAACCAGCAACGACCACUGAAAGCCCCCUUAUAGAGGAUGAGGGCGUUACUCUUGCGGAUGGCCAGGUGGUGAAUCACGGACGACAUCCACUCUUGAAGUUACCGUCUUACCAUGGGGGUGGGCAGUUUCCUUCAGAGCCGCCACCGUCGUAUGAGGACAGCAACCCGAUACCAGUGCCACAAGCCAUGAAUCCAAGGCAGCCAUCCAGUGCUCCUCAACCAAGCUAUACGCCACCAACAGCUCAGUUGAUUAGUCGUAACUUCGGCUCCACACCGAUCUACACGAUCUGCCCAGCCUGCGGCGAGGAAGUCAGGACAGUCACCGUGUUCGUACCAGGCGCGCUCACCUAUGUUAUGGUCUGCAUUUUCCUAAUGCUUGGGUGGUGGUUCCUGUGCUGUUUCUUACCGUUUUGCGUGCAAGGCUUCAAGGACGUCCAUCACGUGUGUCCAAACUGCAAGAAGACCAUCGGUAGAUAUGACAGGAUCGGCAACUGA